UACCCAUUCUAGGUAAAGACCAAAGUUAGUUAAGAGUUUCUUAGUAUAACGUACAUCGUUAUGUCACAAAGUAACAACACUUCGUGUGUGCAAACAAACAAAACGUGGGAGCUUACCCCGUAUGAACUACAACGUACCCCACAGGAGGUAAUAACAGACAACACAGAAAUUGCUGUUUCACCAAGAAGUUUACACAGUGAAUUGAUGUGUCCAAUAUGUCUGGACAUGCUGAGAAACACAAUGACCACCAAGGAAUGCCUCCAUAGAUUUUGUUCCGAGUGCAUAACAACUGCUUUACGGAGUGGAAACAAGGAGUGUCCAACAUGUCGUAAAAAGUUGGUGUCGAGAAGAUCCCUUCGUCCCGAUCCAAACUUUGAUGCUCUCAUUGCAAAAAUAUACCCAUCGCGAGAUGAGUAUGAAGCACACCAAGCUAAAGUCCUCCAGAAUAUAACCCGCCAUCAUAAUCAAGCUGCCUUAACUGCCAGUAUAGAAGAAGGUCUAAAAUCUCAAGCCGCUAGUAGGUUGCAGAAAGUGAAAAAGCAAGACAUCAGUACACCAACCACAACACAACCUACAACAGGGGCUUCUAAUGGCGAUACUAAUAGUGGUUUAAGCAGAGAGAAGGAGAAUACUGAUUCCUCUUCACAAACACAUUCAUCUGUGAGGACAUCUGAAGAAAGAGAAUCCGAUGUUUCUAAUUCACCACCUGUCAAUAAAAAACGAAAAAUUUCUGAAACAACAGAAGAAACUACCGUCACAACCACUAGUGGUGCUCCGUCUCCUGUUCCUGAAACAAGCUCAAAUUCAGCUUCAGUUGAAAAGCAAUCUGUUAAAAAAGAAGCGCCACAAGCUGCCCUGUCUGUUGAGCUUGAGUUACAUCCACAUCCGGAUCAAACCGGUUCCAAAGUUGAACAAACUGUCAGGUUUAUUAAAACUUCUGUACAUGCAACUGUACAUCAUGUUGCUCAAUACAUUGCGCUGCGAAACACUGUUGAAAAACAAACGACCAAAGGAACUGUGGUUCCUACCGCGUUGGAUGUCUAUCCUGAAUAUACUAUUUUCGUCAAAGAAAAUGAACUGUAUAAGGAUUUGGAGUUAACAGAGACACUUGAAACGGUGCAAGAAAAAUAUUGGAAUCCUGAUAACAGACCGCUGGUUUAUUAUCUUAAGAAAUCUUGAAAGAAAAUUUUAAUUUGUUCAUGCAGUUGUUGAUUAUUCUUCAGUGGUAGGCAAGACGUGAAAACUCUUGCAUUUGCAAAUAUGUGGAUCAAUAAAAACAAAGGAGGCAGGACCAUAAACAAAUAAAAUAACUAAAUAACCAGAAGAAUAUUUUGCUGGUGUUUAUUCGCAUUCA